AUGAUUGUGAACGAGAUUGGUGAUGUUACUAUUACCAACGACGGCGCUACUAUUCUCAACAUGUUGGAGGUCGAACAUCCUGCAGGAAAGAUCCUUGUCGAGUUAGCUCAACAGCAGGACAAGGAGGUUGGUGAUGGAACCACCUCUGUCGUGAUCAUUGCAGCUGAGCUCCUGAAGAGGGCUAACGAGCUGGUGAAGAACAAGAUCCACCCUACAACCAUCAUCACUGGAUACAGGCUGGCAUCGAAGGAGGCGUGCAAGUUCAUUGCAGAUCAAAUGUCCAUCAAGGUCGAUUCUCUCGGACGUGAGUGCCUUGUCAAUGCUGCAAAGACCAGUAUGUCCAGCAAGAUUAUUGGAUCGCAUGAUGAGUUCUUCUCAAACAUGGCUGUCGAUGCUAUGCUCGCAGUCAAGUCGACCAACAGCCGUGGCGAACACAGAUACCCUGUCAAAGCUGUCAACAUCUUGAAGGCUCACGGGCGCAGCGCCACCGAGUCCAUGUUGAUUAAAGGAUACGCCCUCAACUGCACGGUUGCUAGUCAGGCCAUGAAGACCAGGAUCACCAACGCCAAGAUUGCAUGCUUGGAUAUCAACCUCCAGAAAGUUCGCAUGAACUUGGGAGUGCAUAUCAUGGUCGACGAUCCAGACAAGCUGGAGGAUAUCCGUAAAAGGGAGAGCGACAUUACAACCGAGCGUAUCCAAAAGAUUCUCGCCACUGGAGCCAACGUGAUUUUGACUACCAAGGGAAUCGAUGAUAUGUGCUUGAAGUUGUUUGUGGAAGCUGGCGCUAUAGCUGUUCGUCGCUGUAAGAAGGAGGAUCUUCGCAGGAUCGCAAAGUCCACAGGAGCAACAUUGAUCUCAACAUUGGCUAACUUGGAGGGCGAAGAGACCUUUGAUGAAUCAUAUCUGGGUUAUGCUGAAGAGGUUGCACAGGAGCGGAUCUCGGAUGAUGAGUGUAUUUUGAUUAAGGGCACAAAGGCUCAAUCAUCUUCGUCAAUCAUUCUUCGUGGAGCCAACGAUUUUAUGCUGGAUGAGAUGGAGCGUUCGUUGCACGACGCAUUGUGCGUGGUCAAGCGCACCUUGGAGAGUGGAAGCGUCGUGCCCGGAGGAGGAGCAGUUGAGACAGCCUUGAACAUCUAUCUUGAAAACUUUGCCACUACCUUGGGCUCUCGCGAGCAAUUGGCCAUUAUGGAGUUUGCUAACGCACUGCUGGUGAUUCCCAAGACAUUGGCUGUCAAUGCUGCCAAGGACUCGACGGACUUGGUGGCCAGUCUCCGUGUUCUCCAUAACAAUGCCCAGUGUGAUCCAUCGCAGCAGGGAUUGAAGUGGUACGGACUUGAUCUGAUCAAGGGCGAGGUCCGUGACAAUGUUCAUGCCGGUGUUCUUGAACCUGCUCUUUCCAAGAUCCGUGCCCUGCGAUCGGCAACGGAGACAGCGUUGUCGAUCUUGCGUAUCGAUGAUAUGAUCACGGUAGCGCCAGAGCAGCGUGAGCAGGAUGAUGGCCAUGGACAUUAG